AUGUCAUCGACAAACGGGAAGGAUCAAUACAAAAACGAGCUCAGGAAGCAAGACUCUGACAAAUAUCUAAAUGAGACAGGAAAACGUGUUACUUGUCGAUUGCAAUCAUCAAAGACCACAACAUCACAAACAAAGAAAAUCACAGAUAGAUCUGCAACAUCAGUAAUAGACGACAUAAGUAGUAUUUUGGGCGAUUCGAGUUCGGAAUCGGAAUCGGAAUCGAGACCAACAACUGCAUCGAAAAAGAAAACCUUAACUCACCGAGAGAUAUUUCAUCAACAACUUAAAAUUGAAAGUAGUUUUCUUGGUUCGAAAUUUUUCGAACAACCAAAAUUUUGUCAUAGUUUAAAAUCUGAAAUGGCAAGAAAAUAUUCAGUUGAGACGAACAUCUCUAAGGUGAAAUACAUAUUAAAUCUCCAAUACCCUAGUUAUAUCAUUGAGUUUCAAAGUGAAAAUGAAAGAAACAACGUUCGGGCAUUAGAAUCAUUACAAGCCCUCCUUGAAGCAGUAGAUACAAAACUGGUCGAAUAUAAUUCAGGGCUUUCAGAAAACUAUCCAGAUUGCACUAAACUUAUUCGAAUGCAUGGUGAACAGUAUACAGAUCUUCACAUUCUAUUUAGCCAUGAAACAAUAGGUAUUCUGAUUAUUUAUUUCAACAAAUUCAAAUCAACCAAACUACAUAACUUGUGUAUUAGUAAUGUUAAUCUUGACGCAUUUAUUAACGAAUUCGUAUAUCUUUAUAUUUCUCUACCGGCCGUUUCUGAUUUAACAACAACUAAUAAAAGUAAUUUAGCACAAAAAAUUCUUAAACUAGAACAUCAAGUACAAUCUCAAAAUAUUGUAAUAAUCCUUAAGCAACGCUGCAUUCAUUUGUUUGGUUUGAUUAACGUAGUCAACGAGGUAGAAAAAGAAAUAAAAAGCAUAAUAAAUGAAUGCAAAUCAACUACGUUUAACCUUAGUUUAGAACCAGAACAGAUAGAAUUUUUACUAGAUAUUUAUCUUGAUGAAUUGAAAGUACUUGAAACUAAUUUUUAUGGUACAAACAUUAUUGAAUCUUUGAGAAAAGGAGAAUUAAUAGCUCCAAGCUAUCUUCAUGAUAGAAUCGAAGAAGAAAUAAUGUCAUUAGCUAGAUUAUGUACACCAAUUAGUUAUGAAAUUCAGGAGAAAGCUUUUGGUUUAAUAGCACUUAGUGAAGAUGCUAAUCUGAAAAAUAUUGCUCGCCAAUACAAAUCUCAAAUCAAAAUACAUGGAGAAACUACCAGCGAUACUUAUAAAAUACCCAAAGCCUUAGCACAAGAUGUUUCGAAUAAAUUGACAGCAGCAGCCAUUACAAUAUACCAGAGUGAUCUAGCUGAAGCGAAAGUCGAUCUUGUAGUUGUCUCGUCGACAUCGGAACAUCUAUGCAAAGGUAUACUUAAGAAAGGUGGAGAAUCUGUAAAGAAGGAGUACCAUACAGCUGUGAAGAGCUCAUCGUCGGGACCUUUUGAAAUCGAUUCAGGAAAUUUGCAGUGUCGAAAACUAUUAUUUUUAACAUGGAAAAUCAAUCAAACUAGUGAUGAAGCAUUCUAUCAAUCGAUUCGAAAUUUUGUUAGUACAGCUGUUCAACAUGCUAUCAAGUUUCAUCAUACAUCAAUUGCAUUUCCAUCUAUUGGUUGUGGUGGCUAUAAUUUCGAUAAGACUGUUGUUGCUCAUGAGAUGUUAACUGAAGCUCAAAGACAAUUAAUAUCGGCUAAUGUUUUGUUAAAAAUAAAUUUUAUUAUCUUACCGAAUGAAACUGAUGUUUUUGGAAUAUUUCAAAGCAAACUAGAAAGUCUUCAAGCAGGACGAGGUACAACAAGACAAGAUGAUCAUAUUACAUAUAAUUUUACAACACUGACAAUCACUAUUAUAUCAAACACUAUAGAGAAACAAGAAGAAUGUAGAAUGGCUUUAGAAGAUUAUGUACAGAAAUCAAUUUCAGUAAGUGAACAGCAUGAUCUAAGUGGGCUAAAAAAAUGGACACAACCAACUAUUGAUUCAUUUUAUAUGUAUUGUUUUCAACGGCUUGUUAUACCAGAAAUGGAUAUUCAUACUGGUUAUUGCAAAUUAUUUGGUUCAAAGGAAUCGGUCAGAGAAGCAGAAAAUGAAUACUAUCGACAACAAACUACACAAAGUGAACAUGCUCGUUUAAUGGUCGUUGCUCGAGAUGUAAUUUGGGCUUUUAAAAAAGAUGAAAAUGAUUGGGAGAAAUUUCCCUCUGAAUUAAAUGCUAGUAUUGAAGAUGCAUUUAUAUCUAAAUUGAAAACGUUCAAGUACACUAACGAUAAGUCUGUAGAAUAUGAAAUUGAUUUCAAAAACUAUCACGAAACGUGUGUAACAACUCAACAGCAACGUGAUAUUAUUCGACAUGGUGAUUUUCGUGUACCACCACAUUGGGAUUUGCAAAUAAAGACUGUUCAGCGAUUUUUCUUAGAUGAGAAUUCACAUGAAUACAAAGAUAUUCGUGAACUAUUCGAUAAGACGAUGGCAAAGAAAUAUACAACAAUAAUUCGUAUAGAACGUAUUCAAAAUAAGCAAUGGUAUACACAAUACAAUUCAUAUAAAAAUUUCUCUGGAAGGGAAGACACAGAAAAAAAGUUAUUUCAUGGCUGUCUACAAGAAUCAGUUAGUCUCAUUGUUAACUCGUUUUUCAAUCGAUCAUUUGCUGGAGUCAAUGGUGUUGUAUAUGGACAAGGAGCUUAUUUCUCAGCAAAUGCAGUCUAUAGUCACGGCUACGCUACGCCAAACCAAUCGAAUGGUGAGCGAUCUAUGUUUGUAGUCAAUGUAAUAGUGGGUAAAACUACUCGAGGAAAUCGUUCAAUGAAAACGCCACCUGCAGGUUUCGAUUCGACUACGGAUGACGAUCAUAUCUUUGUUACAUAUCGUGAUGAUCAAGCUUAUGCAGAAUAUCUUAUUGUGUAUCAUUAA